AUGCCUGAACUCGAAGACAAAUACAUAGGCCUCGCUCUUGCAGUGACCUCUACAUUGGGAAUUGGUGCCAGUUUUGUUCUAACAAAGAAGGGUCUCAAUGACGCUGCAGACAAGCACGGUUUUGAAGGAGAUGGUUUCUCCUACCUGAAGACGCCGUUAUGGUGGGCAGGAAUACUAUCGUUGGUCGUGGGCGAGGUUGCCAACUUUGCUGCGUAUGCCUUUGCACCUGCGAUUCUGGUAACCCCAUUAGGUGCCUUGUCUGUGUUAAUAGGCGCUGUACUGGGAGCGUACUUUCUCAAUGAACAGCUAGGUGUGCUUGGGAAGCUUGGCUGCGCAAUAUGUUUACUGGGUGCCAUUAUCAUUGUUCUGCAUGCGCCUCCAGAUGAGCAAGUUGAGACAGUCGACAAAAUCCUCGAUUAUGCCAUACAGCCAGGCUUCCUCAUAUAUUGCAUCACCGCCGUUUCCAUCUCCCUGAUUAUGAUCUACAAAGUUGGGCCGAUAUAUGGCAAGAAAAAUCCUCUAGUAUACAUCUCGAUCUGCUCAACAGUCGGCUCCAUCUCCGUCAUGUCCAUCAAAGCUUUUGGCAUUGCCCUCAAACUUACUCUCGGUGGUAACAACCAAUUUAGCCACCCCUCAACCUACGCCUUUAUGAUCGUCUCCCUGAUCUGCAUUCUCACACAAAUGAACUACCUCAACAAAGCUCUAGCCCAAUUUCCCACCUCCAUCGUCAAUCCGCUGUACUACGUCGCCUUCACGACCGCAACCCUCUGCGCCUCCUUCAUCCUCUUCAAGGGCUUCAACACAACAGAUGUGGUUAAUACCCUCUCUCUGCUGUCCGGCUUCCUCGUUAUCUUCUCGGGCGUUUACCUACUUAACCUCUCUCGCGCCGAUCCAGACGGCCACAGAUCAGCAGGGAAAGAUCUAGAUAUGGACGGAAUACCUACAGAUGGAAUUACAAUCAUACCUACACGAAGAAGUAUGCAGGCAAGAAGAGCUAGUUUGGACCCACACAGAAGGAGUAGUAGUCUGACCUUUAGCCCUGGUGGAAUAAGACAUUCGAGCAGAGAAAGUGAAGGAUUGAUGCACAAUUAUGAUGUGGAACACAAUGCCUUUGGUCUAAGCGAUUUAGUGGAGGAGCCGGAUGAAACGCGCCAUGUAAAUGGGAAUGUGAGUCCAAAGAGUCCAACCAAGAUAAGAACGUACUUGAAGAGCCACGAUAGAUAA